ACUAGUUGAGAGAAAUGUUAAAAAGUGAAAGGGAUUGGGGCACCUGGCUGGCUCAGUUGGUGGAGAGUGCAACUCUUUAUCUCAGAGUCAGGAGUUUGAGCCCCAUGUUGGGGGUAGAGAUUAAUUUUUAAAAAUGUUUUAAAUCUUAAAAAAGUAAAAGGGAUUUGUAGUCUGCAAAAGUGUGCUAAAUUAUCAUCAUCUCUGCUUUAUAGAUAAAGAUGGUAGAUCCUGCAACCAAGGUGACAAACUCCUUUUCUCUUUUAAAUCCUCUCACUGUUGUACUUUUCUAAGUCUCUGCCUGCACCCUGGGGUACCAUACCUCUAAUGUCUUUCCUGGUAGUGAUGGCCUCAGGUAAUUGCUACCACAGCUUCUUAUGAGCUUGUCAUAGUUCCUUUUACCCAUAGAAUGAUGUGGGAAACUUUAGGGCUUUCUCCUAAAGUUUCCCACAUCAUUUCUCCUCGUUGCAUAAGGGUAGGGUAGGUAUAAGUAUUUGGGGGAGAGAGGGACAUUUGAGGUAACAGAAUGCAUUAAGAGUUUAUCUCAGAUAUUGCCCCAAUCACCUUAGCUGUAGGUCCAAUGAGGGUCCCAGAUAGGCCACUUAAAACUUUAGUGCCACUUGGGGCCACUCCCAGAGCUUCUAGUGUUUCUGCUUAGAUAUACUAGUCAGUGCAUCCUGAAUGCUGGCUUUUCCAGAGACAACCUGCAUAGGAUAGUUUGAAAUCUUUAGCCAGCACAUGUAGACAUUUCAGGUACCUUCACCUCUUCAUUCCUGGGUUCAGGGGAUAGGGUUUCUGAUCAUUGUAAUAUGGAUUGGGAGAGGGCUUUAGACCUAUGAGGUGUUCUGUUGUUGUUGUUUUGUUUUUAAGAUUUUAUUCAUGAAAGACACAGAAGUAGAGACAUAGGCAGAGGGAGAAACAGGCUCCCACAGAGAGUCCAAUAUGGAACUUGAUCCCAGGUCCCCGGGAUCAUGACCUCAGCCAAAGGCAGACGCUCAACCACUGAGCCACCCAGGCAUCCCAACCUGUGAGUUUUUGAUCUUCUGAUGGGGCCACUGGUCAUAAACAGAGCUUGAAAAUGGAUGCUAUUUUUGUUUCCUUUUUUUCUGAACCCUUGACCUCCCCCUCCUUUUCCAUAGUUAGCUGUUACACAGCCUACAUGCAUCAUUAGAACUCUAGGUGUCUCCCAUGUUGUAAUGAUCUGUUUACUUUUCUGUCCCUUCAAUUAGAUGGAGCACCUAGAUGGCAGGGAUCAUGCAUGUUGGAUUUUGCCUUUCAUUCAUCUGAUACUUACUGAGUGCUAACUUAGGAGCCAGCACCAUCUAGGUGCUGGGAAUACAACAGUGAACAAGAUAGACAAAAUUAUUUCCCCUCACGGAGCUUACAUUUCUGUGGAAGGAAGCAAACAUUCAUGAUAAGUAGGUAAAUUACAUAGCAUAAUAAAAAAUGGUGUUGUGUUACAGUGAAAAAUAAAACAGAAUGAGAGAUUGCUGGUGGGGGAAAGAGAUUGGCAGUAUUAGAUAAGAGUGGUCAGAGAGGCUCUCAUUGAGAAGCAGUGUUUGUGAAAAAACUUGCAGGAGCAAGUUGUGUGGAUGUCAGAGGGGCAGGAUGUUCAGACAGAGGAAACAGUCUUCUUGGUGGCCUCUCGAUCAGAUGGAAGGGUGAAUGAGUGCAUGCCUGAACCUUCAGCUCUGCCUCCUGGUCUCUCCAUAGGCCUGUCCCCUUGGUUCCUAGGUGCCAUGAGGAAGCCGCGCCGGAAGUCGCGGCAGAAUGCCGAGGGCCGGCGUUCCCCAUCCCCCUACAGUCUGAAGUGCUCACCUACUCGGGAGACCUUAACAUAUGCCCAGGCCCAGCGGAUCGUUGAGGUGGACAUUGAUGGACGCCUGCAUCGAAUCAGCAUCUAUGACCCACUCAAAAUCAUUACAGAGGAUGAGCUGACCGCCCAGGAUAUUACCGAAUGCAAUAGUAACAAGGAAAACAGUGAGCAGCCUCAGUUCCCUGGUAAGUCCAAAAAACCCUCCUCCAAGGGCAAGAAGAAGGAGUCCUGUUCCAAACAUGGAUCCGGCACUUCCUUCCACCUCCCGCAACCCAGCUUUCGCAUGGUGGACUCAGGCAGCCAGCCAGAAGCACCCCCACUGCCUGCUGCCUACUAUCGCUACAUCGAGAAGCCACCUGAAGACCUGGAUGCCGAAGUAGAGUAUGACAUGGAUGAGGAGGACCUUGCCUGGCUGGACAUGGUGAAUGAGAAGCGACGUGUAGAUGGGCAUAGUGUGGUGUCAGCAGACACCUUUGAGCUGCUGGUAGACCGGCUUGAGAAGGAGUCCUACUUGGAGAGUCGCAGCAGUGGGGCCCAGCAGUCACUUAUUGAUGAAGACGCCUUUUGCUGUGUGUGCCUGGAUGACGAAUGCCACAAUAGCAAUGUCAUUCUCUUCUGUGACAUCUGCAACCUUGCUGUACACCAGGAGUGCUAUGGUGUCCCCUAUAUCCCUGAGGGCCAGUGGCUAUGUCGCUGCUGCCUACAAUCUCCAUCCCGGCCUGUGGAUUGCGUCCUAUGCCCCAAUAAGGGUGGCGCCUUCAAACAGACCAGCGAUGGGCACUGGGCGCACGUGGUGUGUGCCAUCUGGAUCCCUGAAGUCUGCUUUGCUAACACCGUGUUCCUGGAGCCCAUUGAGGGCAUCGACAACAUCCCACCUGCCCGCUGGAAACUAACCUGCUAUAUCUGCAAGCAGAAGGGACUGGGGGCAGCCAUCCAGUGCCAUAAGGUGAACUGCUACACGGCCUUCCAUGUGACAUGUGCACAGCGGGCUGGCCUUUUCAUGAAGAUUGAGCCUAUGCGUGAGACCAGCCUCAAUGGCACCAUCUUCACAGUACGCAAGACUGCCUACUGUGAGGCCCACUCACCGCCAGGUGCUGCCACUACUAGGAGGAAGGGUGACUCCCCUGGAAGCCUCAGUGAGGCUGGGGAUGAGGAAGGGCUGAAGGAGGGGUGUGGAGAGGAGGAAGAGAAGGAAGAGGUGGAAGAGGAAGAGGAAGAUGAAGGCCAAGGUGGGGUAGGUGGCCCCCUCAAGGGACUGCCCAAGAAGAACAAGAUGGCUUUGAAGCAGAAGAUCAAGAAGGAGCCAGAGGAAGUGAACCGAGAUACAUCCUCCACUGUCCCCAUGGUCACUGUCCCACAGAUACCUUCUUAUAGGUUGAACAAGAUCUGUAGUGGUCUCUCCUUUCAGAGGAAAAACCAGUUCAUACAGCGGCUUCACAACUAUUGGCUAUUGAAGCGGCAGGCACGGAACGGCGUCCCUCUCAUCCGACGCCUGCAUUCCCACCUGCAGUCCCAAAGAAACGCUGAGCAGCGAGAGCAGGACGAGAAGACAAGUGCAGUGAAGGAAGAGCUAAAAUACUGGCAGAAGCUCCGGCACGACUUGGAGCGGGCGCGGCUGCUGAUUGAGCUGAUUCGGAAAAGAGAGAAGCUCAAGAGGGAACAGGUCAAGGUCCAGCAGGCUGCCAUGGAGCUAGAGCUGAUGCCAUUCAAUGUUCUGCUGAGGACCACACUGGACUUGCUGCAGGAGAAGGAUCCGGCACACAUCUUUGCUGAACCUGUCAACCUGAGUGAGGUUCCAGAUUACUUGGAAUUCAUAUCCAAGCCAAUGGAUUUUUCUACUAUGAGGCGGAAGCUGGAGUCUCACCUAUACCGCACCUUGGAGGAGUUUGAGGAGGACUUUAACCUUAUAGUUACCAACUGCAUGAAGUAUAAUGCUAAAGACACAAUUUUCCACCGAGCAGCUGUCCGUCUGCGGGACCUGGGAGGGGCCAUCUUGCGGCAUGCCCGGCGGCAGGCAGAGAACAUCGGCUAUGACCCCGAGAGGGGCACCCACUUGCCUGAGUCACCCAAAUUGGAGGACUUUUACCGCUUCUCCUGGGAAGACGUGGACAACAUCCUCAUCCCAGAGAACCGGGCCCAUUUGUCCCCGGAGGUGCAGCUGAAGGAGCUGCUGGAGAAAUUGGACCUGGUGAGUGCCAUGCGGUCCAGUGGGGCCCGGACCCGCCGUGUCCGCCUAUUGCGCAGAGAGAUCAAUGCCCUUCGGCAGAAGCUGGCACAGCCACCACCACCACCACAGCCACCAUCACUGAACACGACUGUGUCCAAUGGGGAGCUGCCAGCCGAGGCCCAGGGGGAUGUGACUGUGUUGGAGCAAGCCCCACAGGAGGAGCCAGAAGACGAUGGGGACAGAGACGAUUCCAAACUGCCUCCCCCACCAACCCUGGAGCCCACUGGGCCUGCACCUUCCCUGUCUGAGCAAGACUCUCCUCCAGACCCUCCUACUCUGAAACCCAUUAAUGAUAGCAAACCUCCAAGCCGAUUCCUAAAGCCCAGAAAGGUGGAAGAGGAUGAGCUCUUGGAAAAAUCACCUCUGCAGAUUGGGAGUGAGCCCUUGCAACGCCUGCUUAGUGACAAUGGCAUCAACAGAGUGUCUCUCAUGGCCCCUGAUGUCCCUGCUGGUACCCCAUUCAGUGGCGUGGGCCGCCGCACGUCAGUCCUCUUCAAGAAGGCCAAGAAUGGGGUUAAGCUACAGAGGAGCCCAGAUAGGGCCCUAGAGAAUGGUGAGGACCAUGGUGCAGUGGGCUCUCCUGCCUCUCCGGCCAGCAUCGAGGAUGAGCAACACUCCCGGAAGCGGCCAAGAAGCAGGAGCUGUAGUGAGAGUGAAGGGGAGAGGUCCCCCCGGCAGGAGGAGGAGACAGGCGUGACCAACGGCUUUGGAAAACACACCGAAAGCGGGUCUGACUCAGAAUGUAGUUUGGGUCUCAGUGGUGGACUGGCAUUUGAAGCUUGCAGUGGUCUGACGCCCCCCAAACGCAGCCGUGGGAAGCCAGCCCUAUCUCGCGUCCCCUUCCUGGAAGGUGUAAAUGGAGAUUCUGACUACAGCAGCUCAGGCAGAAGCCUCCUGAUGCCCUUUGAAGACCGCGGAGACCUGGAGCCCCUGGAGCUGGUGUGGGCCAAGUGCCGAGGCUAUCCCUCCUACCCUGCCUUGAUCAUCGAUCCCAAGAUGCCCCGGGAGGGCCUCCUGCACAAUGGUGUCCCCAUCCCUGUCCCCCCGCUGGAUGUGCUGAAGCUGGGAGAGCAGAAACAGGCCGAGGCUGGAGAGAAGCUCUUCCUUGUCCUCUUCUUUGACAACAAGCGCACCUGGCAGUGGCUUCCAAGGGAUAAAGUGCUGCCCCUGGGUGUGGAAGACACCGUGGACAAGCUCAAGAUGCUGGAAGGCCGCAAGACCAGCAUCCGAAAGUCGGUGCAGGUGGCUUAUGACCGUGCAAUGAUCCACUUGAGCCGGGUCCGGGGGCCCCACUCCUUUGUCAGCUCCAGCUACCUGUAAGGGCAGGGCCUGCCUGUGUCUGCCUGCCCUGCCUCUGUCCCCUGAGGCACAGAGGCCUCUUCCUGCCCCAGCCAGUCUUAUGGCCGGCAGUUUCCCCUUUCCACAGCAGGCCAGGGACUGGGCUGUGUCCUGCCCAAGGGCAAGGCCCCAGUUUUGAACAACCUUGUGGUUCCCCUGGUGGGCCUGCUGUGUGCCAAAAACUCCCACCUGAGCUUGCUCGGGGGCUAGUCCACUAAAGAAUCAGUUAGAAGUAGAAAUAGCUGUGAGGCUUAGGCCUGGCCAAGGAGAUGCACCUGAACCCAGAAGGCAAGAAGUCCUAGGCUCUUUCUCAAAGGUGUGCCUGGCCCCCUCCUCCCCACUCCGGCUAACUACACCUCAGGGCAAGUGACGCUCUGAAAUUGACCCCAGAGGUGCUGUGGAUACACGAGGGUCCCGCAGGGAAGCUCACAGAGCUCACCCUCUCUCCCCUCCAUCACCCAUUCUCAUACCUCUUCCCCAUCCCAUCUUUGCACCAGUGCCGUCUCUUUUUCCCCAUGUUCCUUUCCUUUCUUUUGUGCCAAAUGGACAGAAACUGUCACCAAACUGGUCUUUUUUCUUUUUAUGUCUCAUUCCCUUUGAGGCCAGCUGCUAUGCUAGGUGGGUAUCUCUGCCUGGCUCCUCAGGGCCCAGGACAGAGGACAGCCUACCACUCGGGUGACCCCUCCACCAGCAUGCCCUCCCCCUCCAUUUGCUGCAGACACACAGCUAAGGCCAGGCUGUGGAAGCUUGCCCCCUUGAAUUGAGGCAGGCCCCUUUUGCCCUCUCCCUGUGUGCCGAGAGACGGGCUGAGGCUUGGCAGGCUCCUGUCAGACCAGGCUGGUUGGGUGGGCGUUCAUCUGUCCACUUGGGUGCGGAGGGCUGUGGGGUGCAGCCGUGCUCUUCAGCCGGUCUGAUCCUUGCCCUCCUGUCCUGUCUCUGGGGGCUUCACUCUCCGCCACCACGGAUGGUGGUGCCCACAGCCCAGCAUCUCCCUGCCUGUGCUCUGCCCUGCCCAGCCUCUGCUGCUCCCACUCCCGAACUCCAGGGGACACCACGCUUUUAUUUCACACCCUCUCUCCCCUUCCCUCUCCUCCUUUCAACCGCCCUCCUCACCUUCACCUUCUCAAAAACGGAAGGGAAAAAAAACCAAACUGUGAAACUGGGAAUGCUGACUGACAAACACAACUUUCAGAGGCUUCAGUGUCUGUUCUCUGGAUGAUUCUUCUCACCUCUUAAGCACCAAAGUCGCAGGGCCAGGUCGCAGGCCACUGAUCGCCAUGUUGAUUUUUAACCUGAUGUUCUUUUUAAUUGUUUUAAAUUUUUCAUAGGGGAGUUUUGGACAAAACAAAGUCACUGGGGAGAUCACUGCCAUUUUUACACACUCGACUUUUUAAAACUACAACCAACCAACCAACCACCACAACUUCUUAUAUGUUUGGGACAUGAGCCAGAGUUUAAAAGGGAACCAACAAAACUCUCUGUUACCUAAAGGAUGGGGUUUUGGAUUUUGUACAAUAAUAAAAAUACAAUACAGCAUAUGGCUAGGGAAGGACAUGGUGUAUAUAUAAUUGUAAAAUACUGUUCUAAAUUAUUCAGGCCUAUAGUUUCCAUUCCUGGAGUCCUCCAUUGUGUGGCUGAGUAUUUUAAAUGCACACAGUGUGGUUUAUUUAAAGGAGUCAAUGUGUCCCCCCUUCUCCCCAGGUAGUCGGUCAGCUGUGGACUCUGUGACCUUUGUCUCAACCUGUGUUGUAAGAUCUCGGGGCUUUCUCUCUCUCUCUCUCUCUCUCUCUCUCUUUUUCUCUCUCUCUCCCCCUCUCUGUGUGUCUCUCCCGCCCAACACUUUCUUAGUCUCUUCUUUUUUUUUUUUUUUUCCAAUCUCCUUAACUCUUAAAGUCUCUCUCUGAGUCUCAUUUUUAAAACUGCUCUUUUAGAACGGGAAGCGGCUCAGAUCCUGCUGUGGCAUGGGGCCUAUGUGUCUCAGUCGCGUCUGCUGUGAAGCACACGAUGCUCUAUUUAUUGUAGAAAGUGACUUUAUUUGCUUUCUAGAAUUGUUUAUAACAGAUGGUAUAAGAGAGGUAAUAAACAGAGAAAAAUCUAUGCUUGUAAAGAAUACAAAAGUUAAUUUUACCUACUAUAAUAUGACUGUCUGAAACUUAUUUUCUCUCUGAGAAAUAAAUGUUCUAAUGGGCAGCAAUUGCCGUGCUGUGUUGGUGUCCUCAGUGGGGGCUUGCCCCUCUCUUCCUAAUCCCUGUAGCCCACCCCCUCCCCAGAAGGCAGGAGCCAUUAAGAAUGGGGUUGUCUAGCUGUUGCAGGCUCCCAGCAAGAAACUCUGUCUCUUGGAAUCCCCAGGAGGUGUGUGAAGAUGGGCUCUGGCAUUGUUUCCCUCCCAAACAGCACUGCCCUCUCAGUUCUGUAGAAGGUCCAACCCGCCUUCCCAUGCCUCAGCUUUCUGGUGGCCCUGUCCCUUUGGGAGCAUCUGUUCCUCAUGGGGUGGGUGAAGUAGCCCUAUGUCUCUGACACCUGUUUAUUCGAGAAUGCUCAUGUCUCCUCUGUCAUUGUUGCCGUCCCCAUUCUAUAGAUAGAUAGCUGGGACACAUAGGCGUAACAUGGGCCUCUCUCCUUUCAGAGCUGGAAGGGAUCCUAGCGCCUACCUGGUCUUCAUUUUACAGAUGACAAAACAGCAAGAUUAAAAGACUUGUCCAAAGACAGCCAGCCAAGUAAUGACAGCGGAAUCCUGGGAAAGAGAUCUGGCCAAGCGUUUCCUAGUGGGCUCCACAACAUCUCAAGGUUAUACUGGCCUUUUCUGUACCAGCCCCCCUCUCCCAUUGCCUGUGGCUCCAGCCUUUCUGGAAAGGAACAUUUUCAAGAGCAGAGUGAGCGUUCCCAUGGACUAAGUGCCCUGUUGCUGGGCUGGGGACAGCUUUUUCCCCAUCGCCUCCCCUGUUCUCUUUCUGCUCCCGCUUGGCUCCUGUACUUGGCUGGGAGUUAUGUGUCACAGCAGUGUGACUAGGGGACCAGGGACUCCUGAUCACCUCCCCCACGGGGCCCUCGAAAUUCUUAGUGAAGUCACUAGAGUGUAAAAGUGCUUAAUUUGAUAGAACAUUGACACAGUACCUCUGAGGCACUGAUUAUUCUGGAAUUACGCAUUGGGAGCACAGAGAUACACGCCCCUGGUCCACAGGAUGCAGGUGCACAAGCUGCUUACCACCAGGUUCACGAGACAUGUCGCAGACAGCUCCACGUGAGGCCAGCGUGAGGCUCCCACGGUGGGGAGGAGUUUGGCAGAGACCACGUUUGGAUAGCAAAAGCUUUCAGAAGAAUGAAGAAAUUAAUUCAAGCCUGAAAAAAUGGGCUUAAAGAUCCCUGUUGAUACAUGUAUAUUUUGAAUUACAAGGCCAGUAUUUAGAGCAAAAUGAGACAUGACCCUAUAAAACCAUUUUGUACCUAAAGGAAAAAUGAUCAGAGGGGUGGGGUAUUAUUAGCAGGUGAGGAUGAGAAGAAAAGAUGUGGUAAAGAGAGGGUUCAGGGAGGUUUGGCGGGUGCUCCACUCCAGUAACUAACUGCCGCCCCAUCUGCCUGGUGGCCACUGAAGAUGGCAAGAGGGUGUGUUGGGGUUCAGAGCCCUGUCACUGACUGCGUGACUUCAAGUGUAGUACUCGACUUCUUUGAGCCUCUGUGAGGCUGACUUAAGUAAGAGAGGACCCUGAAGCCAGGGCGAGGCAUUAGUGCAGCAUUGGAGGAUUAGAACAAGGGAAGGGACAGGACUGGAACGUGGCAACUGAUUAGCUGUCAAAAAAGCAGGAAAUUUGGAGACAGGGCUGCUACAUGGCUGGAGGCAUCAAUAGUGGGUUUGAAGGGGGGGGGAGGAGAACCUAGUUCUGAGGAGUUUGCAUUGCCCAUGGGACAUCUGAGAAACACCCUCAGCAAGCAGAUUGGACUGGGCCUGGAGUUCAAGAGGAAGGUAGGAUCACAUGAAACAAAUGUGGGGCACUGGAGCCCACCCAGGCAGUUAGGACAGUGGCCGACCGGGAAAGAGGGCCUCAUGAGGAGGAAGUCAAGUCCUAAGGGUCACCUAAGGGUCAUUUCACAGAAAGAGGCAGGUCACAUGUGCUCAGCAUCACGGAGCAGGAAAGGGUAGUGCUGAACCAGAGAGAACCUGGAACCCAGCACUUGCCACUCUCCAUGGGCCCCUGUAUUCAGAGCUCUCCAGGUGAGAAGUAUCCUUAAUGAAUUCUGUCAACACUGUGAUCGAAAUUCAUGGACCGGUGUCUAAAAUACUGUGAUACUGGAGCAUGCGAGGGUAGGUACUGACUAGAAAUACAAAAUAUCAUUUUCCUAAUAAGUUUUAAAGUAUAACUAAAGCCAUUUGCCAAACCCUGUCAACGUGGCCUCUUCUGUUAACGUAUUAAUUGUCAUUAACACUUGAGUGUGAAUUUGCCUUCCAGAUGGACUCCCUGACCAGGCAAGGCUGUGAGCUUUAGCUCUGAGAGAAGAGGGAUGAGUGGUGAGACUCCCAGGCCCUGGGAGGGGUGCCGAGGGGAGACAGAGGGUGGGCUGCCCCUGGGUCUGCAAGCCCUCCUGUGGCAUCUGCACGAGGACGAGUGCGAACAUUCUAUCUGACCCUGCCAGUGAGGGAAGGAGGACGAUGUUGCAGGAGAGAUAUGGUUCCUCCAAAAGGUGGGGCAGAGGUUUCUGCCUCACUGUGUGGGGGGAAGUGGGGCCAGAGGUGUGUGUCUGCUAGGCCGGAGUUAGAGGGGUCUCUGACUCAACCUUGGCACUUGGGGGUGCCCUCCUGCUUGCCCUUUCCCUUCCAAGGGCAGCAGACGGCGCUAGGGAUGGAAAGAAAAAAUGGAUAUACAUAUGUAUUUUCUACAAGGUUAAUAUCCUUUUUUAAAAAGAUUAUUUAUUUAUUUGACAGAGCACAAGCAGGGGGAGAGGUAGAGGGAGAAGGAGAAGCAGACACCCAGCUGAGCAGGGAGCCGGACGUGGGGCUCGAUCCCAGGGCCCUGAGAUCAUAACCCGAGCCAAAGGCAGAUGCUUACCUACUGAGCCACCACAAGCCCGUGUAUUCACCCUGUUUCAUUUCGGUCGAUGUUCGGGGGGAUUCAGAAUGGAGGCUGCUAUAAAUCAUUCUGCAGCAGACCAUCUUGAGCUCGGGUCAUUUUCCAAGAGCAGACACAUCUGUUGGACAACGCUCUGGAAGGAGAACUACAGGCCCCACUCAGCACCAUCACGAUACUCUCCCCAAAUCUGCUCAUCGACUCAACAAUGAAAACACUUCUUCCUCCUGGAACCCUAAUCCACUUCGAAUUUGCUCCCGUAGACUAUGGCCAUCAGGAUCAGGGUCCACAUCCUGCCUUUUGAAUAUUCCCAAUUCCACAGGCUGGAUUCUGGACCUCGGAGCCCAGGACACAGGAGGCGGGCACUCAACCCAGUGAGCCACAUACCCUCUUCCAGCAAGUCCUCAUUUGGUCAAAGCAGCCUUUUGUGGGCCAGUGGGACGAUCGCCUUCCCCCCUCCUUUGCUGGUGGGCAGGGUGAGCCUCAGAGACACCUUGCCCAUGCACUGGGCUUGGGCCUUGAGGCUAAGAAGGAAUGAAACUUAAAACCCAGGGCCCCUGACUCCCAGUGGACUCAGGGCCCCCAGGCCACACUGCCUCCGAGCGGCUUGGGAACUGCAAUUAGCGGAGGACAGACCAACAUCUCAGCUUUGCUCUGUUGGUUUUCCACACAGAGCAAGAGGAAUGGCAUGGGCCUUCCAAGUCUGUUUUUGUCUUUUAAAGAUUUUAUUCAUUCAUUCAUUCAUUCAUUCAUUCAUUCAUUCAUGAGAGACACAAAGAGAGAGGCAGAGAGGCAGAGGGAGAAGCAGGCUCCCUGUGGGGAUGCCCUGAGCUGAAGGCAAAUGUUCAACCGUUGAGCCACCCAGGUGCCCCUCCAAGUCUGUUUUCAUUUGCUUGUUUAUUUGCCAGUGGAGAUGAGAAAGAUCAGAAUAUCUAGCCCACAUUUUUUUAGUCCUCCCACACUCCAGGCUAGUCCCUCCGCAUGUAUGCUCAGAGGUGGAAGGGAUAGGUGCUGUUAUUACAGCCCUGUUGUCCAGGUGAGGUGACAUGAGGAGUAGUAAGGAGUAGAGCUGAGGCUUAAACCCAGGCAGAGCCCAUAUUCUUAACUCCUCUACACCAAGGCCUCGAAAACAAUGGCUUUCAAUAGAUGACACACAAAUUAUCUUUAUUAUAUUAUUUCAAGCUUCUGUAGAAAUAAAUGGUGGCUAUCUCCUUGGUAUUUUGUUAUUGUAUUAUUAUUAUUAUUAUUAUUAUUAUUAUUAUUAUUAUUGAGAGCACAUGCGAGUGGGGGUGGAGCAGAGGGAGAGGGAGAAAGAGAAUCCCAAACAGACUCCCUGCUGAGCAUGGAACCCCACCUGGGGCUCUAUCUCAUGACCUGAGCCGAAACCAAGUCAGAUGCUUAAACCGGCUGAGCUACCCAGGUGCCCCCUCCUUGGUAUUUCAGGGAAAGCGAGAAGACCCUUCACCCAUCAAAAAUGAAAUACCUUCCCACCAGCUUAGGGCUGCUUUUGACUGUACACAUAGAGCUGUGUCUCUUAGGCUGACAGUUUGGAUCCUUGAUAAAAUGAGAUUCUCUUGGGCACCUCCCUACCCUUUAAUGCUCCGGCCUGCCUUUCAUGACAGAAACAGCUCUCUCCCUUCCUGCAGUUCUUGUAAAAACAAGAAAAGACUGCCCCAAAUGUGACAUUAAAUUUUACUGUUAAAUAUGUCUUUACAGGGGCCUGGGUGGCUCAGUGGUUGAGCGUCUGCCUUAGGCCCAGGGUGUGAUCCCAGGGUCCUGGGAUCAAGUCCUGCAUCGGGCUCCCUGUGGGGAGCCUGCUUCUCCCUCUGCCUCUGCCUCUCUCUGUGUGUGUCUCUCAUGAAUAAAUA